UGUUUUUUUAAUAAAAAAAAAAACCCCUGAUAUUAUUUCUUUCCAUGCAGCGAUAUGUCAAUAUCACAGAUAACACCAACUCUCUUUCUAAGUGGGGCUGAUGCUCCUUUGAAUCAGGCACUUAUGACCCGCAAAGGCAUUACACUGAUCGUGAACGUGACCCUAUCCCACACCUGCCCUAUAUACCCAGGUGUGGAGUGCAUACGUGUUGCAGUGUCCGACCUCCCAAAUGCCCGUCUAGGUGAUCAUUUUGACCACAUUGCAGCUCGAAUCCAUGGUAACAGAUCUGGAGGAACCCUAGUGCACUGCGCUGUGGGCAUGAGUCGCUCACCUGCUCUAAUAAUGGCCUACCUCAUGAAGUACAAAGGAGUGACUCUGCGGCAGGCACAUAACUGGGUUAAAGACAGCAGACCUUGCAUAUGCCUUAAUACAGGAUUCUGGACCCAACUUCUGGACUAUGAGAAGAAACUCUACGGUAAGAAUACUGUGAAGGUGGCUAAACCACUGGAUCCACUGCCAAUGCCUAAAACACCAAAACUACCUUCCAAGUACAGCAUGAGACGGUGUCCUCCUUCGCCAAGGCUGAGCCGACUUAGAAGAUUCACCUCCAUGGCUCUUUAAUCAACAACAGCAAACUGAUCUUUUGCCAAAUGUGGACUUGAAAUUUCUAUUUACAUAUUGUAAGGGCAAUGAAAAAUGUCUUAACCAUCAUUUCGAAUAAGGAUCAACAAGAUCUAUGCAGUGAAAGAAAGUCAACAUGACUGUUUUGUUUUUCCACCAGCAUGUGUUUUUAAGAGGCUUUUAGCCAUUUCCUCCUGGCUUCUAAUGCAAUUCACUUUCAAGGAUGUUUAUUGUUUAUUCGUUUUUGAUGUGGCCUGGCUGGAAUUCCGGGAAUAAAAAAAUCUUAAAACUUAGUAUGCAUUAUUUAACCAACAGAGGACACUGUUGUAGCAUUAAACUCACACCAUAGAAGAAC